AUGGACACGUGGACAAAAGUAAAAACAAAGAAACUUCGAAAUAUAGGCGCACAGCUACAAAAAUGUAUGAGAAAUCCUUGCGCCUGUAAGCUGAAGUGUUUUGAAACUGUUCAACAUGAAGAUAGACUGAACUUAUUUGAAUAUUUUUGGGCUACAGGCUGUCAUGAGACUCAGUGGCAUUUUAAUUUGAAUAUCACAGAAAUUAAGGAACCUAAAGUUAUUAAAGUUCAGAGACAACGGGAAAGAAAUCGAACUUUGGUAUAUUAUUUGCCAAUGAAAAAUAAUGUAGGACACGUAACAAAACUCAAAGACUCAUUGGUUUAUAGUGACACUCGAGAUGGAGCCGAAAUUGUUGUGGCACCAGAUUCAGAAAUACUUUUUUAUGAAAUAAUUGCUACAGAGAAUUUGAAUGCUACAGUCUUACAUAACGAUAUUUCAGAUAUAAUUUAUAUGGAAAAGUCGAGGCGCCAACGUAAUCGCGAAUUUUCAUGGACUGCUUAUUACGACAUUGAUGAUAUUAAUGGCUUCUUGAGGAACAUGAGUGAAACAUAUUCGAAAUGGUCAGAAGUUAUCGUGGGCGGCCAGAGCUAUCAGGGCCGCUCGAUACUAGGACUGCGGAUCAAUACACCUGGGAGAAAGGAUUCACCUAAGCCGGUCGUCUUUAUUGAAUCCGGAAUUCAUGCCAGAGAAUGGAUUGCUCCAGCAACAACGACGUACUUUAUAAACGAACUUUUAACGAGCAGUGACCCAAACAUAACGGCAUUGAGGGAUCAAUUUGACUGGCGCAUCUUUCCAUCCGUAAAUCCUGAUGGCUACCACUAUAGUUUUACCGUGGAUCGGUUUUGGAGAAAAACUGUGUCGGGAUUUGGCAGCAGAUGUUUUGGUACAGAUCCGAAUAGAAACUGGAAAUACAAUUGGGGACAAUAUUCGUCAUCAAAUAAUCCUUGUGACAAUAAAUACGCUGGAUCACAACCGUUUUCUGAAAUAGAGACCCGUACUUUAUCAUCAUACAUUAAGAAUAUAAGCAACUUACUGGCCUAUAUCAGUUUCCAUUCUAGCGCGGCGAUGUUAUUAGUCCCCUAUUCAGACUCCACUGAACAUAUUAAUAAUUACGACGAUUUGAUUCAAGUAGGUAAAACUUCUCUUGAUUAUGGAUAUGAAACCAAUAAAGAAGAAAGAUAUAGAGGUCCCGGUACCGCUGCUGAAAUAUUGUACAAGGCUUCAGGCGGUAGUAUGGACUGGGUUCGUUACACAUUGGCCACUCCUCUAGUGUACACGUACGAGUUGCGUGGCAACUCCUUCCAUUGGCCUCCAUCCAGAAUAUACGAGCAAGGGGAUGAAGUUACACAAAUGAUAUUAGGAUUAGCUACAGAGGCUCACAAAUUGGGAUAUUAUUGA